AAUUUUUCCUCUGGACGGGUUUUGAGAAAUCUCCCCCAGUUUUCUUCUUUACAGCGGGGCACAGUUAUCAGCAUCCCCGCUACCCUCCCUCAGGGGGACUGGGACAGAAGCCAGAAGAGCGUUCCACAGUCUUUUUCGCUCCACAGUCUUUCCCACCGGGGAAAAAAAAUUGACCUAGAGUUUGGAGACAAGGACAAUUAAGAACAAUAGAUUGGGUUUGGUUUCUGACACGGACAGAGGUGGCAGCAGAGAGCACUGUGGUCAGACUGGAAAGAUCUACUGUACACAACUUCCUUUGUAGUAUACAGCAGCUGAUAAUGACCCGACCCCUCCGGCUGGUGACAACAAUUCCACACCCUAUAGUGAUGAUCUUGGUGAAUUCCUCCAGCUGUUAUCUGUCUCCUCCCAGAUGUCUUUGUGUAUUUCCUCACUCCUGGUUUACUAUAUAUAUAUAUAUAAACCCUUAGGGCUUCUCACUAUGACACUUCCUUCAGCCCUGACACACAGAAGCAGACACUAUGGCCGGAAUAGCUUCUAAGCUGGCCAGGGAUAGAGCCAACACAUUGGGUAUUGGGACCAACGAGAACCCAAGGAAAUACCUAAACCAAGACUUUGAGGCUCUGCGGGCGCAGUGUUUGGCCUCUAAGACCUUAUUUGAAGACCCCACGUUUCCUGCUGCUCAGUCGUCUCUUGGAGUCAAAGAUCUGGGUCCCAACUCCGAGAAAGUUCAAGGGCUUGUCUGGAAAAGACCCUCGGACAUUAAACCCAAUCCUCAGUUUAUUAAUGAAGGGGCAAGUCGUGCGGAUGUCCGCCAGGGGGCGCUGGGUGACUGCUGGCUUCUCUGUUCUAUCGCCUCUCUGACUCUGAACAAGGAAUGUCUCUGCCGCGUUGUCCCCAUCGAUCAAAGCUUUGACGCCGACUACGCAGGGAUCUUUCACUUUAAGUUCUGGCAGUACGGUGAGUGGGUGGAUGUUGUCGUGGAUGAUCGGCUGCCUACCAAGAAAUCAAAACUGCUGUUUGUCAAGUCUACCAGUGCCAGCGAGUUCUGGAGCGCCCUAUUGGAGAAGGCCUAUGCCAAGGUGAACGGUUCAUAUGAAGCACUUAUUGGAGGUUUACCACUAGAAGCUCUGGAGGACUUCACCGGUGGGGUCGGAGAACUGUAUUAUUUCAGUAAUGCUCCAGAUAACUUGUUUCAGAUCAUCCAAAAAGCCUUGAGACAGAGAUCGCUGGUCACAUGUUGCACUCAAUCUUCUGAUGGAAAAGGAGAAAUCGUUGUCAACACCAAUGUGGUGAAGAACCAUGCGUAUUCACUGACCGGAGCUGAAGAGAUCCCCUAUCGUGGUGACACUGUCCAGAUUGUGAGAGUGAGGAAUCCAUGGGGUUAUAAAGAAUGGAACGGAGCCUGGAGUGAUGGUGCAUCAGAAUGGAAUGAAGUUGACCCAAACGUGAGAGCCGAUCUUAGAGUUGAAUGUGAUGAUGGAGAAGCCUGGAUGCCAUUUUCUUCCUUUCUAGUGGAAUUUUAUCGAGUGGAAAUUUGUCAUCUUUGUCUGGUCCAUGAAUGCUGUAACGAUAAACAUAAAUGGUGUCUGACAGAAUACAACGGGAGCUGGACAGCUGGAUGCACCGCGGGAGGGUGCAAGGGAAAUCCAAAUUUUUGGACCAAUCCUCAAUUCCGGAUCAAGCUGGAGGAACCUGAUGAGGAUCCCAUAGGGGGCACAGGAAGGUCUUUGUGUACGGUCAUUGUGAGUCUUAUCCAGAAGGAACGAAGAAGGAAGAAACCUGAAGGAGGAGAACUGUUUAGCAUUGGCUACUAUGUAUACAAGUCUCCAUCCAAUGGUCAACUGGGCAAAGAUUUCUUCAAGAAAAACAAAGAAGUUGCCCGCACAGACAUUUACAAAAGUCAUCGCGACGUGUCCAAACGUUUCCAGCUGCCGGUUGGAGACUAUGUGGUUGUUCCUUCUACUUAUUAUCCAUCUCAAGAGGCCGAUUUCUGCAUACGAGUCUUCACAGAGAGAGAAGCUGAAACUCUGGAAAUUGGCAACAUGGUGGAAGCCAAUGUCUAUGAGCCUUUAUUGAACUCGUCCCCUGAUACAGAAGCUCCGACGGCAGCAGAGGAACCGGACGAGGAGAAAGCUGAAUACACAGCGGAGGAUCUAAGAAGCUACAUAACCAACUUAUUAUCCAAACGUGAUGAGAUCAAGUCAGAUGGAAUCAGUGUAAAAACUUGUAAGGAAAUGAUAAAUCUCCUGGACGUGGACAAUACCGGGACACUGAGCAAUGAAGAGUUAACCAUCCUCCGGAAGAAGCUGGAACAUUACAUGGAAAUCUUCCUGGAAUCCGAUACCAACUCCUCUGGGACCAUUGAUGCCCAUGAAAUGCGGAUCGUCCUACAAAGAGCAGGUUUUAAUCUUAAUAACAGGAUUCAAGAAGUCAUUGUCCAGCGUUACGUCUCUGGUGAACUGAUGGUUAACUUUGAAGACUUCAUUGCAUGCAUGAUACGUUUGGAGACCUUGUUUAAAAUGUUUAACAUCCUGGGCACCGACAAGGAUGGAAACAUCAGUCUAUCAUUAUUUGAGUGGAUCUGUGCUGGAUUGGUGUGAAGGAGAAAAAAAAAAGGAAAUAAUUUCCCCCAUAACAAAUACAUAGCCCCCUCCGCUAUGACAGCAGAGCACAUAGUCAUAUAAGUAUAUAAUAUAGAUCCCUAAUGCCCAGUCGCAUUAGGGCCUUACCUUCCCCUGUCUACAUAUUAAGGUCAUACUCCUAUAUAGCUAAAGAUAGCCGCAUCAGAACACCCACUCUUAGGCUAUGUUCACAUGGCAGAACAUGCCAGUGCAGACAUCAGGCGCUGGUAGAACAUGUUGGCGCUAGGACUGCUCAGAAAUGCGGUGUCUCCGUAGACAGCAAUGCAUUUUCCAAAUGGAUUCCGCAGAAAGAAUUGACCUGCAACAUGUUUUCUGCCAGAUACUGCUCUAAAAUUCUGUCGUGUGAACAAGGCCUUUGUUUUCUAUGUUGUAUAACUGCUUACACUCAUCACAACUGCUGUAUAAUGUCCUCCAUGCUAAUGCUACUAUAGAGAGUGUACUAUAGAGAGUGUGACUGUGUGCGAGCAGUGUAUGGGAGACAUUGUAGCAGCUUCUCCCAGUUCAAUCAGGUGUUUAGCUGAGGGGGAAAACUGCUGAACAGUAAGAGAUGAAGACUGCGGAGGGGAGAACUGCUGAUAAAUACAAGAACAAGUCAGGUAAUGGCCUUGAAUAGUGAUACACGAAGAAGCCACGUGAAACCACAGUCACUCUAGCAGUCAGUAUAUACACACAAGCAUAGUCACACAUAUUAAAACAUAAAAGGUCAUAUAUACACAAUGUACAAAUAGUUUCAUGUAGGGGUAACAUAGGGAUAGGGGCCUUUGGCCACUGGACAAGUGAUGUCCCUGUCUGUGCAAUGAUUAUUAUACAUUCCCCACAUGGUCAUUCAGUGUACUGCAAUGUUACACAUCUGUAUCCUACAACUAGUCCUGAUAUUUCAUUGAACACAUUUCAAUAAAAAUCUACUGU